AGGUGUAGUAAAGGACACAGCAGGGCGACAUUUGAGACUUCAGUUCAAGAAGAAAUUGAAAAAGAAUAUGGAAGUACUCCCUAAUCCUCAAGUUGCUAAGUAGUAGGAUCGCAUUAGAUCACGUGAACCACAUUUAAUCAGGUCACACUGUGGACGCCGGCGAACCACCUCCUAUCCUCUCCUCUUCUAUCCUAUCCUCAAGUAGAACAAAAAGGAUGGCAGAGUAUCGUCGUGGCGUUUUGAUACACAAUUUCAAUGAGGAUGAGUUCGGUCGAGAACUCGUAAAGAGAGGCAGAAUCUUGCCUCCCACGCCUCCGAGCAUAACGCAUUCCGCCUUUCAGGACCCGAGGAGCUACUACAGCGACUAUUCGUCAACAGGGGGAUCAAUUGAGGCUCAUGGAGGUGUUGGUGAUCAUUAUCAUGUCUAUCUUUGACAAAGGUUUUUUGGGUUACCUCGUCCAGCACUUGUUUAUUUCCUGGCGGGCUGGCUGCUUGUAGGAUAAUUCUGAGACUAAUAUCAUGCUUAUUUGGAUGCACGUAGAAGAUCGACUACGACUUCCUUGACCUCUAAGUCACGCCUUUCAACGGGCUCGUGGUCAACUGGGUCUCCGAACUCAACUGCGGCUUCAGUAGAGAGCAUCCGCUCAAGUGGCGAGCGCAUCCAAACUACUGGUCUGCAAGCCCCAUUGCUCUUCGGACACUGUGGGAAUAUUAGCAAUGUUAUGGUUUGAUAGAGUUAGAGAUACAUGCACAUGCACAAACAAGAGGACAGAAACAAACUCUAAAUUUUUCAAUUCGGCAUCCAUGAUUGAUCUCCAUUUCAGUACUAGAAGUUGGCCUUCUACCUAGUACAUGCUCAUGCACCUCCCAACAUUCUGACGGAGAUCACUUGUCCUUCGACUUCUUCUAACCCAAGCACCAGAGGUCUACGCCAGAAAGCCUUCGUGACAAGUACGCAGUAUUUUCACCAACGUCCAGAGGCUGCUUUAGCCUUGAUCGCUAGUGGCGCUACAGGAAAUGGGAAACCUUGCAAUCCUUGGCAUUGCGAGAAGUUCUAUGAAGGGAGUCAUGCUUUGGAGGUAUUUGACUGUUUUUUAGGAUGAUUGCAUGUACUAGUACUUAGUUACUAUGAUGUUCUUCGAGUGCUGUUUCUCCUGAAGAACAUCAUUCUUUUCCUAUAAUUUGUUCAACAACAAGCUAAGUAUCCAGUACUGAGAAUGUACUUACAACCAAUUAAAAAUUUAGCAGAGAUACAGCGUUUAUUUCAAAAUCCCCUUCAUCCUACGCUUGCACACUAGGUCGCCCGAAACUUCGGCCCGUCGGUGUUGGCUGAAACUGCCAGACGGAAUUGGGAGAAUUUGAAGGAUCCGUACGCUAGUAUCUACACGAAGACUAUGGGGAAUAAGGAGGAUCCGACCAUGGGUCUCGAGACGAACCGCAUUCCUCGUGUCUGUGGAGAAUUCACGAAGAAACUAGAUGCCGUGUAUAUCAAGAGGACGGUUUUCUAG